UCCAUUAGGUUCCAUUUGUUUAUUUGGGGGUUUAGUUUCUUUUGCCUUGGAAGACUGAUCUAAGAAAAUAUUGCUCCAGUUUAUGUCUGACAAUGUUUUCCCUCUCUUCUCUUCUAGGAGCUUUAUGGUGUCAUGUCUUAUUUAAGUCUUUAAGCCAUUUUGAGUUUAUUUUUGUGUAUGGUGUGAAAAGCUGAGUCAGAGACAGAAGCAUGCCCUGGAGUCAAGGCUGGAAAAUGCACUCUAGACCAAAGAAAUGACCGUGCAAAGGCAGGAGGCAUGGGGAAAGGAAUAUUUGUAACUACAACCAUACAAUUUAUACUACACAAACAGUUGUUUGAAACAAACAGCUUUUGUUAUGCUGAUAAAUAUGCCCUACAUCCAACAAAACUAAGGUCUCAGCCAGGAGAACAUUCACACCUGGGAAACAGUCAGGAGAGGAAUGCCUACAACCUAAGAUGUUCAAGUUUAGGAAGUGACUUGGCAAGCCCCUCACUGCUUGUUGUGAUAUCUUUCUUCCCCAUCGACCUGUGGUGGCUCCAAGGCCACCUCACACCCGUUCACCAUAGGCCUUAGGGUGGGCACAAAAGCAGACCAACCACUUGCUGCUCGGUAGGAUUCGGAAAAAGGGUAAGGUCUAACUGCAAGGCAGGCGCCCUACACAGAGCCUGGCGAUUGCCCUUGGCAUGACGCAACCUUCUCGGCUAGUUGAAGCACCCUUGUUGCCAGACUCGGUGCUCGGAGUCUCCUCCCCACUCAUUGGUCCAUGGAGAAGCACCCCCGAGGUACUCCGGGCGAGGAUGAGAGCCCAUUGGUCCAGACACCUCACAAUCCCUCCACCCUCCCCCCACUGCCUGCAGGGUUCGUCCCAUUGGUUGCUGCCUGCCUCGGGAGCCCCCUGUUGCCUCGGGCCAGGCAACUUAGCGCCCCUAACGAGCGCCCCCAAGUUGACCCUGUUCCCCAUUGGCUGCUCUGGAGACCGCGCCAUCUAAUGAGGAGCAAAGUGCAAAGCUCCAGAGCACGCGCUCCCCGCGGCGGGAUCUAGGCUGCAGGAGCGGGACCCUGCAGCGGCCCGAAGCUGCGCAACAGUCAGCUGCCGGGCCUGUCUGCAGAGAACACCCGUUCUCCUUCGGACCAGGCCUCGGUUGCAGCUCGGACCUUCUUCCUUCACGAAUCUUUGCAUCUCCAACCUGGAACCCAACCUGCAAGGCUCCCUUCAUCGGUUCCUUUAUUUGGCAUUCUGGGUCCACCUGCCUCGCCACCUGUCCACAUCCUUCUCUCCGACGGUUUGGGGAACUCUGUACCCUGAAGAACUUGGAUUGAGAUCUGAACGGGAGUGGUGUCGCCGAGGGUGAAACCCUGGAGGGACCAUGUUCUAUUAUCCCAAUGUGCUUCAGCGCCACACCGGCUGCUUCGCCACCAUCUGGCUGGCAGCGACGCGGGGCACCCGGUUGGUGAAGCGCGAAUACCUGAAAGUGAAUGUGGUGAAGACCUGCGAGGAAAUCCUCAAUUACGUGCUGGUGCGAGUUGAGCCUCCGCUGCCGGGUGCGCCGCGGCCCCGCUUCUCGCUCUACCUCUCGGCACAGCUCCAGAUUGGCGUCAUCCGGGUCUACUCUCAACAAUGCCAGUACCUUGUAGAAGACAUCCAGCACAUCCUGGAGCGCCUGCACCGUGCCCAGCUGCAGAUCCGCAUUGAUAUGGUGGAGACUGAGCUACCCAGCCUGCUGCUGCCUGACCACCUGGCCAGGAUGGAGACUCUGGAAGAUGCUCCAGACCCCUUUUUUGGGAUGAUGUCUGUGGCUCCCAUGCUGCCCGAUCCCUUUGAUAUCCCUCAGGUUCGACACCUUUUAGAGGCCGUGACCCCAGAGAAAGUUCCUGAAGAGAUCCCUCCUGAAGUCCCUGCAGAGCCUCCAAAGCCAGAAAGGAUUCGGGUCACCCCGGAAGCCAUCACGAUCAAGGAGGCGGAGCCUAUACGUAUGCUGCGGAUUGAGGGUGAACGGGAACUCCCAGAAGUCAGUCGCCGAGACUUGGAGCUGCUGAUUGCUGAGGAGGAUGAAGCCAUCUUAUUAGAGGAACGUCGGCGAGAAUUCAAAGAGGAGCCCUGGGCCCCGGAGGCGGAGAUCACAGUACCCCUGCCCUCACCUGCAGCUCUUGUAGGGGUGGAGGAGGCAGCAGAGCCACUUCCCAGCCGGGUCCUGGCCCCAGAAGAGCUGAAGCUGGUAGGCUGGGAGCCGGAGGUCCCACUUCCCGAGGUGACACCCCCGCUGGAGCUGCGUCUGCCACCCGUCCCAGUCAGCCCUGAGUUGAGGAGGCCCCCAGUCGCCCCACCUCCCAGGGGCCCACCAGCUCGUCGCCGCCGCCGCCAGUUGUUAUUCUGGGACGAGGAGACUCAGAUCUCCCGGAAGGAAUUCCAGGAACAAAUGCAAACCAGAGCCCACUGCAGGGAGUGUCCAAUGGUGCAGCCUCCUGAGAGGAUGAUCAGGAGCCCCGCGGAGCUGUUCCGAAACCCGACUUACCCUGGCUGGCUACCCCCAGAACUGCUGGCUUUCUGGACCCACUGUGCACAGCCACCUCCAACGGCAGUAAGGCGAAGGCUGCCUGAGGAGCUAGAAGAGGCUGAGAGGGAGGCAGCGGCUGAGGAGGAGAGAAGAAAGGCUGAGACUCCAAGCGAUAUUGAGGUCCUGAGGGAGGCUCUGGAGCCCAGUGGGCCCCUCAUGGUAUCUGCCGAGCUCUCCCUAGAAGCAGCUGAGGAGGAGAAGUCCCGCAUCAGCCUCGUGCCCCCAGAAGAGCGCUGGCCCUGGGUGGAGGCGGAGCAGCCAGAGGCCCCUGCGCUGCCUGUGGUGCCUGAGCUCCCUGAGGUGCCUGUGGAGCUGCCCGUGGAGCUGCCCCCUGAGCCCGAGCUGCUCUCGCCGGAGGCUGUGCACAGGGCAGUGGUGCGGGAGCUGCAGGCCAACAGGGAGCCUGACUUCAACAGCCUGGUGCCACCUCUCAGCCCCCGCAGGGUGGCCGCCCGGGUCUUCUACCUGCUCCUGGGUGAGUGAGGAA